AUUUACUAUAUUCUACAAGAGUCUCUUCAGUUAAAAAGCUUGCCUCACAAAAGCGUUUAAGUAAAAGAUGAGAAUUUUGGGUAUAAUUUUUGAUCCUUGGGACACCCCGUUUGAACAAAGACUUCAAAUGUUUGCAGCAGGUGCAAUAUAUUUUGGUUUCAUUUUUAUAGGACCUCUUCUUGUAAUUUUUUGCUUUUAUUUGUUAUCUACUUCUUUGUGGUGGUUGGUUUUACUAUACUUUGGUUGGUUCUAUUUUGACAAACACACUCCUGAGCGAGGUUCACGACCAUCACAAUGGUUACAAAAUUUAAAGUUUUGGAAAUACGUCCAUGACCAUUUCCUCAUAACACUUAGACUCGCCCCGGGUUUUGAACUAAAUCCAUCCAAAAAUUAUCUCUUUGCUUGUUUUCCUCAUGGAGUUCUACCUAUGGGAGUUUUUUCUACUAUCGUUAACUCCUAUUCCUUAUUUCAUAAUUUGUACCCAAAUUUUCGAGUAAAAAUCGCAACACUCUCUGUUAUCUUUUGGUUUCCGUUGUUACGAGAUUUCGCAAUGUGUUUAGGGUUCAUAUCGGCUUCAUUUAAAUCUCUUACCUGGGUCUUAAGCAGACCCGAAAAGGGAGAAAUUGUAGUCUUAUUUCCUGGUGGUGCUGUAGAAUGUUCUUAUAAUCAAUUUCAACCUGAGCUUUACAAGUGUUUUGUAAAACGUCGAAGAGGUUUUGUUAAAGUGGCUUUAAAAACCGGAGCUGCUUUAGUGCCGGUUUUGACUUUUGGUGAAAACGAUUUGUUAGCCGUUGAAGGAAGUUUUUUACAAAAAUUUCGUUUUGUUACUAAGAGAUUUCCAAUACUUGCUUGUGGUCUUUUUAAUGGAAGAGGAGUUUUUCAAAAUUCUUUUGGGAUGGUUCCAAGAAAAAAACCUAUAAUGACCGUUGUUGGUAGACCAAUUGAAGUUUCCAAAACAGAAAACCCAGGUGAUGAAGAAAUCGAUAAUCUGUACAAGAAAUUUGAAGAAGAGUUGUUAAAGCUGUUCGAAAAAUAUAAACACAAAUUUUUUGAUAACCCUCAGACUAAAUGUCUAGAGUUGGAAUAAU